AUGGCAGAUGCGAUUUCAGGUUUAGGAGGUGGUGGUGCAGCAACACCUUGGGCUGUAAAUGCAGCAACUUCAGCAACCUAUGCUACAAGUGCAAUCGUUUGUUUGUUUGGUGGUCCUUUGGCAACUCGAGUUGGAAUUCGAAGAUUGUUAAUUUUAGGAGCUGCAACUUUUCCGAUCAAUGGUAGUUCGUAUUAUGUUAAUUUGAAAUAUCACUUACAGUGGUAUUUGGUCUUCGGUCGUUCGAUCGGUGGAAUAGGAACUGGUCUUUGGUACAUUGCUGAAUCAACAAUGGUUCUCACUUACCCCGAAGAUCACAGACGUGGAAGUAUGCUGGCAUUUUGGGUAAUGAGUAGAAAUCUCGGUCAAAUCGUUGGUGGGGUGAUCAGUUUGGCAAAAAAUUAUCACAACACACACGGAAAAACGAUUGCAACGGAUACGUUCUUGAUCUUUGUUGCAAUUGAAGCUUGUGGAUUACCAAUUUCACUUUUAAUUUCACCUUCGGACAAGGUUAGAAGACAAGAUGGUACUUCGAUCAGAAUGUCUCCUCCUUUACCGUGGCGCGAAGAAUUCAAGAUUGUCUGGCAAACAGUCAUUCAACCUCGUUCGCUUUGGUUAAGUCCUUAUUUCUUUUAUUCAUUCUUUUACGGUGAGGUUUUGGGUACUUAUUUGACCUUAAACUUUGACGUUCGUGCUCGUGCGUUAUCUUCUCUCAUCGUUCCAAUCUCAAUUAUUGUUUUCGUUUAUUCGUUCGGACUUUUGUUGGAUUACAAGGCAUGGUCCCAACGUAAGCGAGCAGUGCUUGCUUACAUUAUUGUCACAGUUCCAACUUUGGCUUCAUUUAUUUGGUUAAUGGUAAAUCAAGUAAAUCAUAACAAACAUGGUCAUAAAAAAUUGGAUUGGACUUCACCUGGUUGGCCAAAUGCUUAUUUACCAUUUUUGAUCAUGCAAAUUAGUGGUUAUCAAUGUCAAACGUUUAUUUAUUGGUUGAUUUCUUGUCAUUCGGAUGAUAUUAACACAAAUGCAAGAGCGGCAGGCGUUUUCCGUGCUAUCGAAGCAAGCGGUCAAGCAAUCUCUUAUGGUUUGAAUAGUUGUGUAAAAUCAAACAUUCCUCCUCUUGCCAUCAAUUGGGGUUUAUUUGCGCUUACAGUUCCUGGUUGCAUUAUGGUGAUUGCUAAAACUCCACGUGAAAGAGUCCAUGAUCAAAUAGUUCACGACGAUGCAGAUGUGGACAAAAAAGUUCAAGCUGAACAUUGA